AUGUCAGCCAGUGCCCCUCACACAGAGGACUAUCAACUCGCUCCCCCCUACCCCCUCCCCCCAUCCUCAAAGUUUCAUUGUGCUGACAGUGACCUCGCCAAGUCCCCUUUUGAUGCUGUGUCUGAGCUCCAGGCACGAGGAGAGCGCAGGACAGAUCACCCUCAGUUCAAACAUGACUUCAGGAGCACUUUGAACCUGACGUGCCGUGCCUUUUUCGGCUACAAAGGAGAAGCGGCGCCGAUCAUGUACUGGAUGAAAGGGGAGAAGUUUGUGGAGGACUUGGAUGAAGAAAGAGUUCAAGAGAGCGAAAUCAAGGUGGUGAAGGAGCAUCUUGGAGAGCAGGAGGUGGUAAUCUCUUUGACCAUAGACUCUCUGGAGGAGGAGGACAUGGGAAACUACUCGUGCUACGUGGAGAACGCCAACGGCCGCCGCCACGCCACCAUCCAGCUCCUGAAACAGAAGUUGAGGUACAACGAGGAGCUGGCAGAAGCCCUGGGAGCCAUCCUCCUCUUGCUCAUCUUCUUCAUCUCGCUCUAUAAAUGCUACAAGAUCGAGCUCCUGCUUUGCUACAGGAGGCACUUUGGCAGCGAGGACACAGACGGAGGAGCCAUGUCAGCGCAGGAGGGCUGCGUCUGCCGCGGCGCCGCCAUCCGACACAACCACAGUAUUCUUUACAACAUCCUGAAGAGCGACAGCCUGAGCAGCGGUCCGGAGGACCCCCCGCAGCAGCAGCUUCAGCAGCAGCAGCAGCAGCAGGCGCAACAGCUGCUCCCGUGCAGCCUGUCCUCGGUGGCCCAGUCCCCGCGCCAGCAGCCGUGCUCCUGCGGCUCUACGCGGCGCAGAGGAGUGCUCCGCUCCCCGCAGCUCACCUGCAAAGCCGCGUCCGCGGUUCUGGUCAAGACGCUGCGCUUCGUGAAGAACGUUCCGUGCUUCAGGGAGCUACCAGAGGGAGAGCAGCUGUCGCUCAUCCGCAGCGGCUGGGCGCCUCUGCUGGUGCUGGGACUAGCCCAGGACCGAGUGGACUUUGACACCACCGAGACCGUGGAGCCCAGCAUGUUACAGCGCAUCCUCACAGGAGUGCCAGACCGCCACAGUGAGCUGCUGAGCGGCCAGAGCAGAGCCACCGCCGGGGUGUCUGUGGUGGACAUCGACAGCAUCAAAGCCUUUCUAAAGACCUGCUGGAGUGUGGAUAUCAGCACCAAAGAGUACGCGUAUCUGAAGGGGGCCGUGCUCUUCAACCCAGAUGUGGAGGGCUUGCGGUGCUUACACUACAUCCAGUCCCUGCGGCGGGAGGCGCACCAAGCUCUGAAUGAGCACGUGCGCCUGGUGCACCGGGAGGACUCUACGCGCUUUGCCAAACUGCUCAUCGCGCUGUCCAUGCUGCGUGCCAUCAGCCCGCCCGUGGUGGCGCAGCUUUUCUUCAGACCCGUCAUUGGCGCUGUGAACAUUGAGGAGGUGCUCAUGGAGAUGUUCUACGGAAAGUAG